AUGACGCUGCGGUCCGCCGGUCUGUGGCGCUUCCGCGAGUCAAUGCUCUUUAAAGAAGACGGAGCCUACCGUAGGAUGGUCUCGAUACAGCGACAAAAUUCUCCAUACCGUAAGACCGUCAACAGUUUCAGUCAGCGAGGGAGUGCUUGCAGCCACGAGCAGAAUCUGGUGUUCUCCAGAAAACGCUGUGGCGUAAGUACCGGAGGCUCAAACAGACGGCGCGGUUUCCUGAAUGUCGGACAAAAGCCUUGGCUGCGGAAUCUCGAAGUGCUCAAAACCAUUUCCAUCGGCGGCCAGCAUUGCGUUGGCGAUCGCUUUCUGGACUUUGUUCUCAGGUUGCUAUGCUGCGCGAUUGUGGUGCAACUGAGAGGUUGUUAUAGCGAAGGCAGAACACAGAUGGCUAAUUCAAAAUACGAAUAUGUGCGCUCGUUCGAGCAGCCGGACAAUCUGUUGGCUAACACUUGGAUUGUUGUGCGGAUUGACGGUCGGGGCUUCUCCAAAUUUACGACCAAGUACAAAUUCACCAAACCUAAUGACCGAGAUGCGCUUGAUCUCAUGAACGCAGCAGCUCAGGCUGUGAUGAAAGAACUCCCUGAUCUUGUGCUAGCAUAUGGCAACAGCGAUGAAUACAGUUUCGUCUUCCACAAGGAUUGCAAUCUCUUUGAACGAAGAGCCAGCAAGUUGACUACCACAAUAGUGUCGACAUUCACAUCGUACUAUGUAUUUUUAUGGUCUGAAUACUUCCCUGACAAGAUACUCACGCCUCCACUUCCGUCUUUCGAUGGACGUGCGGUGUGCUAUCCCAGUGACUUCAAUCUCCGAGAUUACAUGAGCUGGCGACAAGUCGACUGCCACAUCAACAAUCUUUACAACACGACGUUUUGGACCCUCGUUCAGAAAGGUGGUAUGGACCCUCGUGAAGCUGAGCAAAAAUUAUCUGGAACAGUAUCGUCCGACAAGAAUGAGCUGUUGUUCAAGGAGUUUGGUAUCAAUUACAACAAGGAGCCUGAGUGCUUCAAAAAGGGGACAGUACUAUACAGAGACUUCUUUCCAACGGCGCCAGCUGAAGCAGCAUCCUCGCCUACCCUAGCAGCAUUUCCAUCACCCCCUCUUGCCCAACCCCAGCCGCGAAGGGUUUCCCCGCAUCUUGUUACUCGGCCUAUCGAGAUGGCACCGCGACUCCUGCAGGACGGCGCUAUAGAAACAGAGUCUCCAGAGCAAUUAUUAGGGCCCACUUUUCUAUCCACUACUUCAACUCCGUCUCCGCCACCAUCAACAGCGACCAUGUCGAGAUCAACGUUUCCCAAUCCGUUGCGGUCAAAUCCGGUGAGCGCUCGGAACAGCACCAACCCACCACUCAACACUCGACCAUUAUCUCCCCCAUCAACUGUCACAUCGCCCCAUGAAAGCAUGGUGUCUCAAACCAAGCAACCGUUUCCGCCUUUGAUGCCUUUACCACUCUCUCCGUUGACAUUGAAGCCAAGCACCAAACCGCCAACGUCUCUCAAUGCUCCAAAUCCAACAACACGUACCAACUUCUCGCCUAUUUCACCACCAGAUGACUUUCCUACGGCAUUCCAGAUUUCUGGUUACAGACAUCAAUCUCCUUCAACAACCAACCGCAUGCCCUCCCAUUCGGCUUCCGCGUCGAUGUCUGCAUCUACGCCCUCAUCAGGUCCACCUCUGACACACCAAAAUAAGUUAAAGCAUCGCUCACCAAGUCAACCCCUUCUCCCUUCCUAUGCGACUCAACACAGCCAUAGUGCAAGCGGACCACCUUCAAUACCUUUACGCAUGUCUAGCAUCCCAGUCAACAGCCAGCCACGGAAACUGUCGCUGCAGAACUCGCGGUCAAGUUCCACGCUCAAAGCCGUGAGGCCAUCGAGUGAUGAGAAAGAGUUAUGUCACAGCCCCGUCCCUACCACCGGGUCAAGCACACCAAAGAGAGUCAGUCCGCCACUUCGCACAGACAAAGAGUUGCCUAGUCCACCAUUGAGCAGAGAGGAAGAGCUGCGCACGAGAGCGAAGGUGAAAGGUACUGGCAACAAUCCGCAACAAGAAUCUUCGCCUCGAGGGCACAUUGAAUCCUUAUCUCAAUCUCGUGCCUGCGAUGCAGCCAAUAGAAGCGGGAAAAUUUGGGAUGAACAACACAUUGCUCAUCCAGUUAUUGCCGAACUACCUGCUACAGUCUCCCCUCCCUCAAAUCGCAGAGCAAACAGUCAGUCACGGCUAGACUUUGCGUCAGCAUCUGCAUCAUUCUCCCAUCCACACCAGGAUCCUGACAUUCACGCGCUCUCAUCAUCGAUAGCUGCAGCCUCUCAAAACAACCAAUUAACCCCUCUACAGACCAUCACUAGCACAAACGGAUCACUCGACAUGGACGAAAUGCUCUCCACGCCCCCCAAAGCACCUACCCGCGACUCCUCACGUGUAAAUUCAACGCCAUCACAAAUAUCAACCAUAGUCACCCCAACGAGCAAACACAAAGGCAAAGGCAAGGCCAAGGAGUAUAAGCAUACCUCCCUCUCUACCGUCGAUACCUCCAAGAAGGCCCAGAAAUCCUAUUCUGACCCGACUUCGACAUCUAAGUCCACCACCACCGCCGCCGCUGCUACACGUAGGAAAGCUACAGAGCGGGGCGACUGGGCAUCAGCCACACAUAGUGCAGAUAGCCGCCCGGUGCAAAUGAGCCGCACGCAAAAGGACAGGGAUCGCAAGAAACGGAGUAAAGCGAAGAUCAUCAUGGAGCACGUUGACAUUAUCAAGGAUGAAUUUUGGGAGAAGAGGCCUUGGAUAUUAAGUGGCAAGACAGGUUGA